CAUUUUUUCGCGGGGAGCAGAGCUACGUUGAAGUGGGUGUGCAGUUGUAGCGGUGGUUGUUUUGAGGAAAGAGGCAGAGACUCGUUAAAUAAACAAAUUAAUCGAUACGUUGCUAACUUAUCGGUGACGCUACAUGGCCCCGGGUGUGUGCUAAGCUUGUUCUCCGAGCACAACGGCUCUUCACCGGGCAGCUACACGCUUUGCUGCUGGGCGGAGCGUUGAGCUAACAUGCUAGCACCGGCUGGUUCCAGGUAACAAUAACCGGCUCCCUCACUCUCAUGUCCGCCUCCGUUGUUUCACUGCUGCCUGGUUAGACAACAACGGCCCGUUUCCUUGUCCUCGGCCUGACCUCAUGGAUCCCGGUGGAAGUGAACUGGACUCCAGCCUGCCUCAGCCCGAGAACCCUUGUCUGAUCGUGGAGGACUCCCAGCCGGACAGCGUUGCCCUGGAGGACGACCCGGAGAGCAGCUACCGAGCUCUGCUGGCCCGCCGCCUGUCCAGCCUGCAGCCCACCGCCCGCAGCCCUGUUCUGGAGCUGAUAUCCUCACCGCUCGGGAGCAGAUGCUCUCAGACUGACAGCCAAUCAGAGAGCUCCCAGAGCAACAGCCAGGCCGAACCUGGCAUUCUGGCAGCAGCCAACCCCAGCUCAGUGUUCCAAGAAGAGAGUCAAGUUAUCAAUAUCUGCCCUCCUCCAAACAAAAAUAAGUGUGCAUCUGAGGACACAGAUAUGGAUUCUGGAGCUGAUUCCACCACACACUGCAUCCAGUCUGAAGAGGGAACCUCUCAGUUUGGUUUUCUGGAGCUUUCUCAGAGUCAAGAUCUGCGCGGCGAAGUUGUGAACAGUCAGGAGGAAGAUGAAGACGUCGUCCCUCAGCCCGACAGCGAGACUCGCUCCAAAUUAGCAGAGCAGAACAUCAGCUCCGUGACUUCAGGGAGUCAAGACAACAAAGCAUUGAGGUCGGAGGUGAGCUCCAGCAGCUCGUCGGAGUCUCCGGGUCAGUCGGGCAGGAAGCUGAGCGUCCAGGCUCUGCUGCACUCACAGAGCCUCCAGACCUCCGCUGAGCAGGACCAGCAGGACUGUGAGAUACUGUCGUCACAGCAGGACCUGUUUGACACUGACAAGACAGGUGCUGCAGUCGACAGCACAGUGUCUGAGCCAGAGCAGCAGGGUAACCCCACCCCGACACCAGCCCACACCCUGCGACUCCUGCAUCUCUCCGGACAGGGAACACUGGUGCAGGAAAGUCUGUCCCAGAGCUCUGUUGAUUAUGUUGCUCCGACCCCGGACAACUUCACUGAAACCCCUUUAAUCGUUCCCAGCUCGCCAACCGGACCAGAGAAUGAACAUGGUGCCGAUGAGCCGAUGGAUACCUCGCUGCCCCCGGAAGACCGAGCAGGGGAAAAGGAGGACGAGCCAAUGGACACGGAUGCUGCCUCUAAGCCGCACCCCUCCGCCUCAACGCCUGUAUCCCAGAAUUCCCCUGGUUUUGUGUUGGAGCGAACUCUCUCUUUACCUUCCCAGCCAGAGUUCUCUCACGAUGUGUUUGUCCCAACGCAGAGCCAGGAGUCUCCACAACAGUCAGAUAAGAAAACAGCAUCAUUAUCUCAGUCUGCACACCUGGAGUCAGCUCCUUUCACUUUGCCUUUGCAGCUCUCCGUGAAUACGGAGAGCUGCAGCCUGGCUCCUAAGACGUCAGAACAGAUCGAGGAGGACAGCCAGGCCACGCAGAUAGAGGAGCUGGAGGAGCCGCCGGGUGUCGACACCAGCGACUCAGUGAUAUCACGCCGCGAUCAGAGGAGCGAGAGCAACGGCGUCCCAUCGGAAUCACAGACCGCCACCAGCUCCAAAGCUUCCACCACCACCGCCGCCGAAUCACCAAAGCAUCGCAGCGAAUGUGCCAAGACCGAGCCGUCCGAUCUGUCGCAAAAGUCUGACGUACACAAAAAGACGGCGACUUCGUUGAAUGUACAAAAUGUGAAUGUAAAAGACAGUGAGAGUGGCAUCAAAGAGGCUGCUGACAUGGUGUCCUGCUCUCAACCAAAGUUUGAUUCCUCUGAUUUGACUGUUAACAGCUGUGUGCCGGAGACUCCUGCAGGCACGACACCGUGCAGUUUAAACUCGCAGUCUAUGAUCUCUCAGACAUCUGUUGUAGAUGUAACAGGAGGAGGAACUGCGAAGAGUCAGUCAGAGUCAUUGUCACAGAAAUGUGGAACAGUUGGUAACAGUCAGACAGACAAACACAUGAUGGAUGAGCAGGUUGAAGUAGAGGAAGAGGAGGAGGAGGUGGUGAUGGAGGAGGAAGAGGAGAGCGCAGGGGGAGGUGGAGCUUCAGGAAUAGCUUUGGUUCUUUCUCAGAGCCAGCUGUUAUCACCUGAACCCAUGGAGGAGGAGGAGAGCGAAGACAGAGGAGAGGAGAGCAUCAUCGUGGUCACAGACAGCGAGAGAGACUCGCAGAUUCUGCAGAAAGACGUGACGCCGCCACAGUCCAAGACCGGCAGCUCGCAGCCAGUCAGAGGCAAAGUGUCUCCCUCCACUAACGGCCACCAGUCCCAGGCUGAGGUGAAGGAGGUGCACGGGGCUCCUGAUAGGCUCUCCCAGACCGAGAGGGUGGGGCCUGAACCAGAAGGGCUCAAAGAUAAGAGCCUCAGUGAUAGCUCGGGAGAAAUUUCCUUCCAUUUCACACUUCCUAAAGAAGGAGAGCUGAUUGGUCCUGUUGUCGGAGCCACGCCCCCGCUCAUCAACCAGCUGAAGCAGACGCUCAGACACAGCACUCCCAUUGAGAUCACCUCCUUCUCUGAAAAGCCAGAUGGGGUGGGUGAUGUCUCUGCGGACGUGGCGAUGGCGGCCAGUGACAUCGUUUCAGGGGAAAGCGGGGAGGACACGACGGACAAGGGCGACGGGAAGCUGAGUUUGAGGAUGAAGCUGGUGACCCCGGUUGAAGAGGGCAGCUCGGAGCGCUUCAGCCUGCAGAAGCCGGCACUAUCAGAAGAGGACAGAUCUGUCGUCAAGGUUACUACUGUUGCCAAGGCUGUAACCAGCAGCCCGUCGGUGUUCAGUCGUGUCAGGCAGGUGCACAGACAGCAGGAGACGGAGGAUGACAGCCAGCCCGGAGACAACACUCCACCUGUCAGGAGUGAGCUGUUCGCCUCACCGCAGAGGAGCCCUCAGACUCCAUCGCCGGGAUGCAACAGCCUCCCUAACAGCCAAUCGGAGCCUUCGCAGCAGGCGGCACCGCAGGAAACCGCCAGCGAUCCCUUCGCCCUCGCAGAGCAGUCUGAGGAGAGGCGAGGGCCACCGGAGCCGCCGACGCCAAACAGGACAGAUGCCAGGCAGAGGGUGGUCUCCCAGCAGACCCAUGACAGCACCAUCACCUCCAGUCCGUCCAACAAGCUCCGUCAGCGGACAGUCUCCCAGCAGACCAGCUUCGAUGCACCGGGGCUGCGCUCCCCAGCUGGCCGGGGCGAACCGGAGACUCCGUCCUUUCGAAGAGCAGCAGGCCCCGCCCAUCGCAGACACGUGCGCACCAUCCAGGAAGUACGGACGACCAUCACACGGAUCAUUACAGACGUGUAUUAUGAGGACGGUAAAGAGGUGGAACGCAAAGUCACAGAGGAGAACGAGGAGCCAGUGGUGGACUGCCAGGUGUUGGACAGCGACAUCUCUCCGUGCCGCACGGGCAGCAGCUCCAUGACCUCCGGUGACCUCGGUGACAUCAGCUCUCUGUCAUCCAAGGCCUCCAGCCAUCACCACAGCUCCGGAGGAACCAGCAGCAGCACAGGCUUCAGCAGGCCGGACUUCAUCAUGCCGCUCAGCCGAGGGGCCAAAUCCAUCAGUCCCAGGAGGGGAGGCGGGCAUCAACAGAGGGGUCACAGGGGUCACAGGGCAGGUUCAGUGGUCACAAUGGACAGAGGCUACGGCACCCUCGGGUCCCGGGCCUUCGUCCCGCUGUCACCCAGAGGAAGGGCUAGAAGGGGCCGACCCCCAUCCCGCUCCUCCCCAUCCAGGGGGGGCGGUCCCGGCUCGCUGCAUCGGCUCGGUCCUCACGGUCAGCCGCAUUCCUCCUCGGAGGACGAGCCCUACACCCGCAUGCUGCCGCCGCGCCUCCCCAUCAGCCCCACAGACGCCGAGCUCCCCAGCCACUCCGACUCCCUCCGGUCGUCGCCGGAGGAGGCGAGCUCGGCCGGCAGCAGCUUCGUGGGACUGCGGGUGGUGGCCAAGUGGUCGUCCAACGGCUACUUCUACUCGGGCCGCAUCAUCAAGGACGCCGGGGAGGGGAGGUUCCGCCUGCGGUUCGACGACGGCUACGAGUGCGAGGUGAUGGGGAAAGAUAUCCUGCUGUGUGAUCCUAUCCCCCUGGAGACGGAGGUCACCGCUCUGCUGGAGGAUGAAUACUUCAGCAUAGGUGUCGUGAAGGGCCAUAAGACGGAGGGUCAGGAGCUGUUCUACAGCGUGGAGAAGGAGGGUCAGAGGCAGUGGUACAACAGGACCGCCGUCAUCCUGUCUCUGGAGCAGGGAAACAGGCUGAGGGAGCAGCACAGCCUCGGACCCUACGAGCCCUCCACUCCCCUGGCCAAGGCCUCCGACAUCAGCCUGGAUAACCUGGUGGAGGGAAAGAGGCGGCGCAGAGGACCCCCCGGAGAUCAGAACACGCCCAACCGCAGCUCCUCCAGCAGCCCCCGAACCCCCGGACCAUCCGGCAAGAGGAAGCUGAUCCCCUGCGAGGACGAGAGGACGCCGUCCAAGAGAGGCCGCAGGGGGGCGGGCGCCAGAGCCGGUCAGCGUGUCGGCGUCUGUAACACCUCCGGCAGCGGUACAGAUCUUCCCGGUCAGUCAUGUGACCUGCCGGAGACUCACGGUCCGCUGCCCCAGAACUCUUCGCUCUUUAUGGGCUUCGCCUUCAUGCUGACGGCCUCGUCCGAGAUCGACCGGCUCACCAACAGGCUCACCAGCGAUGACGAGGAGGAUUAUGUGCAGACGGGUCCGUAUAACAAAGCGUACACAGAGUCCCAGCUGCAGGCAGGUGGAGGCUUCGUUCUGCCGGACUUCAAUGAAGAACAAUGUAAAGCAGCCUAUCAGAGCCUGCUCAUCGCUGACCAGCACUGCCGCACCAGGAAGUACUUGCUGUGUUUGGCCAGCGGAGUGCCGUGUGUGUCUCAUAUAUGGGUACGAGACUGCUGCAAAGACAACAAGCUGCUCAACUACAGGAACUACCUGCUGCCUGCCGGCGUCGGGCCAAAUGACGCCAUCGUAGAAUGGCAUCCCCGCUGCAGUCCCUUCAAGGCCCUGCGGAUCCUGCUGGUGUUCGAGAAGCCGGAGGAGCUCUGGAGUCAGCUGAUCACGAUGGGUGGAGGUUCCUCCGUCCGACAGUUCCAGGCAGACAAAGACGGCUCCGACAUUCCUGCCGGCAAGUACGACGUCGUGGUGACAGACCAUGCCUGUCCGCCAUUGGUAGAGAAGAACGUGACGUCACAGGAAGUCCCGCUGGUGUCCGCCGAGUGGCUCAUCCAGAGUCUCAUCUGCGGGGAGCGUCUGGGUUUCCACAGCAAGCCUCAGUAUCGCCAUGACUACUCAUCCUCAUAAUCCGACUCCUCAUGUGCAAAAAUGCCUUCGACCAUAUUAAAUGUUGAGCAUUAGUUCUGUUGCAUGCCUCUGCUGUAUAUAACUUUAUCCUGUCUGUUUUUAUGGGAUAAUAAAUUGUGACCCUUGUUUCAUUUUAA